CCCCUCUGCGGCAUCAUCUUUGCCUGUGCGGUUGGAUCCGUUCCAUGGGAUAGUUGGCGUGACCAAGUAAGUGCGCUCCUAAGGGGCAUGGCGCUUUCUUCCUUCUCUGCGCCCUCUUGCGCGAUUGCUUCUUCAUGGUGAACCAGGCCGACAUCAAGGCCGUAGAGCACGUGCUGCAGAACGAGGGGAAAAGUGCUGCGGACAUCCAGAACAUGAAGGCCAAGGAUUGGGGCUUCUUUUUGAGGAACGCAAGGCGUCGUGUUGCCGCCCCAGAGGUCCUCCUGCCACGAUUUGAUGCUGUGAUCAGUGCUUGCAAGGAUAUCAGGGACGCCAAGGCCGGCCAAGUGCUCCUCUCGCCGGCAGCGAUGAAGGCCGUUGAGUUGGUGCGAGAGCACAUCCGGCUCUGAUGCUUCAGCGACCCCGUCGGAGUCCCGCUCUA